AUGAAACUCCCUUUAGCGCUUGUUGAUAACCUCUACAAAAAAUCUGUUGUCACUAUUGUUCAACGGAAGAAUUUUUCUAUGUCUCGAUGGUAUGCUGCACCGCUUGGGAGUCAUGUUUCUAAUAACGAUCCAAAAAUAUUAGAGGAAGAAGAGGAAAAAUUGUCAAAGGGAAAAGUCAAAAGUAAAAUUAUUACCGCACCAGGAUGGAAUGAAGUAUUGGCAUCAGAAAGUGAAGCAAUUGUAAAAGCUGAACGUGGUGGAAAUGAUAUUAGUGUCAAAGAACUUCAGCAUCACACUAUAAAGAUUCUCCACGAUGAGAAAGAUUACUCGGACAAUUUGGAUUUUGAGGAAACGAUCACCAAAGAACGAAACAAUGCCAGUCCUACCGCAACACGGGAUUCAAUCUCUUAUAUGCGCACUACCGUCGAGAAAGGUACCGUUCGAUAUACUUCGAGUUUCAAUGCCAUUAGUGAUUUACCUCACGUAUCAUAUAAAAACGCCGCCCUAAUACGACAGAAAUCCAUAUCAAGACCGAGCCGAGUUCACAAUUUUUUUCUUGAUCCUCCAAUGUCACCUCUGGAAUACUGCAAAGCGUCAUAUUAUAUUCUUUUCACUGAGUCGCUUUAUAACUUGUGGUCAAUCACCUUCCCAGUAAAAACUGCAAUAUCUUUUAACCUUCGCGUUCGACGGAUACACUCGAGCAAUUGCAUUAUUAAUAGGAACUUGAGAAAAUGGCGUGUAUAA